CGAAAUUAUUUUUGAUUAUUAUAAAGAAUGGAUUUUAAAAGAGAUAAUAAGCAGACUACAGAGUCAGAAGAUGAAACAAAAGAUGAUGACGAGGACGCCGAAUCAAAUAGUUCACGGCAAGCUGAGAACACAACAGCAGCCGAACGCAUCAAAGAAGCUGAAAAACUAGAUGACACUGAAGAUGACGAGGAUUACGGCUUACAUGUGGUCUCCAGCGUUAAAGAAUUUAAGCCACCAACCCCCGUAGUGACACUCGAAGGUACACAUACGACAGCCACAACCACCGAGUCGUUAGCGAGUGUAGGGAACACCGAUAGAACACAAAAGCAGGUUAAUUUCGAACAGGUCAUGGAAGAGCUGGGCAUGCCGACGCCGUCUACCAGCAAGGUGGUGGAUAAUGUGCGAGAAUACGUGAAACAGAUUGAAAGUCGCUUAGAAGACUAUGGAACUGGUGUUUGUUCUUCACCACGAUAUGCGACAACGCCACAAGCCAGCGCCGCACAAAUUAUAGACGUGCCAAGGGAAACGUUGAAAUUGGAGACCAUCAAGGGAGCAUCAGAGUUGAGUUUUACCAGCAAGCUUAGUGAAGAGUUUGCGGCUUUCACAGAAGUUGAACGUAUGGCACACGACGAAGUGGAACGUAUUGUGGCGGAGAACAUUUCGCCAGCGUCGAAACGUUUGACCGAAAGACCCGACUUUCAACAGGUGGAGCGCGAAAACCAAGAAAUUGCUGAACGCUUUCGACAAAUAAUGGAGAUGUUCGACAGUUUUACCAAAAAUUUGGAGAGUCUCGAAAUGCCUGGGCUACAGACAGCUGAGGAAAUUGCGGAAAAUGCAACAUUGCCAUUGCGUAGGCGUUUAAGCUCUAAGGGCGUACGCAGCACGGAGCAAGCUAGCGAAGCGGCUGUUAGCGCAGCAUCAGCGGGUAGUGUUUCCAAUGAAUUUUAUUUGGAGGUGCACGGUGAAAGCAAAGACGAUGUUAGAAAAGAAGCGCCAGCAGAGCAAAGCAAUGCGCACAAAUCCUGCAACACACCCAGCAACAACGCCUAUCGGCAAAAAUCCGAAGCUGGCUUGGAUCCAAUGUACCGUGAUAUGGCCACUACAAUCAGUGGUUUGGAGCUACUUGAUGAGCGUAAGCCGACUGCUGCAGAUCCAUCGCUUUAUGCAGCACGCAUAUUACCCGUGCAAAGUCUCACCACUAUUGGCUGUCAGACUUCUACCGACUACUUCGCAGUGCAAAUGUCACCGAUGGAAACUAGCUCCUACAGCCGGUUACCCUCCACCAUAGCAAGAGAUCUCUCACAGACAGAAGAUGAUAUUAUCAAUGCGCUCAUAAUUGAUUCCAGGACCGAACCACCGACUAGUUCUGCUGCCGCAGUCACUACCACUUACAACGACAUUACCGAGACCAGCGAGAUCAACAUCGUACAGUCUAAGAGUAAUUUUCCUAGCUCUGCCGGUCAGUCAGCGUUGGUGAAGAUACGUGAACCGCCGACUACAGUCGACUUAACACAGGAUCCGAAUGCACCACGUGUCACCUCCAUACUCACCGACGACGCCGGUCAAGUUGGUAGCACUACCGAUGCGCCCUGUGAACGCACCUACCACACCAUACACAUCGAGGCCAACUCUUCGCCCUCCUCGAGUGUUCUGCGUCGUCCACCGCUAUGCACACGUCUCUGGAAUGUCAUCACUGAUUUUUGUGCCGCAGUCUGCCUAUGUCUACAGGUUAAUAAGGAUUGUCUUUUCUGUUUGGGUUUCUUUAUUGCAUUCGUUGUGAGCGCUUCAUUCUUAACGGCUUUUUUCUAUCGUACUUUGAGUAUUAAUCCACACCUAGUACAAGUGCCAGCAGGUUCACAAAGCUUUGCAAGUCAUGCUAACGCUUUGCACAUAAUACAAAAUGACAACACUUUGUAUGGGCUGUGAGAGAGGGAGAAGGAGAAAGA